GUGUGGUAGAUGUCAUAAUUCUAUUAAUGUCAAAACUAGAUCAGUAAGAGAAUUUGUUUAAACAAAAAAUUAUGUCUUCAAAUAAGUCUUUAGAGAGUGGAUACGAACACGUUAAAAAUGCAGAAAAAAGUUUAAAAACAUCACUGUUAAAGUGGCGACCGGAUUAUGAAAAUGCUGCAGAAGAGUAUAAUAAAGCGGCUACUUGCUUUAGAAUUGCAAAAUCAUAUGAACAAUGCAGAGAUUGUUUACUUAAAGCUGUGGAUUGUUAUAAACAAAAUAAAGCAUUGUUUUAUGCUUCCAAAGCACUAGAUCAAUGUGUUUUAGUCAGCAAAGAAUUGGGUGAUAUUAGGGCAAUUCCAAUUUUUGCUGAAAGAGCAGCUAAUAUGUUUCAAACUCAUGGUAGUCCAGAAUCUGCUACCUCAUCCUUGAGCAAGGCUGCUAAAAUAAUAGAACAAACACUACCGGCUGAUGCUCUUAGAUUAUAUCAACAUGCUAUAGAAAUUGCCACAAUUCAAGAUAAUGUAGGUGAUGCAGCAGAAUUUGCAAACAAGAUCGCAAGAUUACAUGUUAAAUUACAGCAAUAUGAUCUAGCAGCUGAUGCUAUAAGAAGAGAGCUAGGAUUACGUCAACAAUCAGAGUUAUUUGAUGCAACUGGCAGGUUGACUCUAUCUUUAGUUUUAGUACAAUUAACUCGUGGAGAUGUUGUUGCUGCAGAAAAAGCGUUCAAGGAAUGGGGUAAUAACUGUCAGAACCCAGAACUGUCCGUUUUGGAAAAUUUGUUACAAGCAUAUGAUGAAGAAGAUCCUGCUGCUGCCCGUAGGAUAUUGAAUUGUCCCUUAAUCAAGCACAUGGAUGUUGAAUAUGCUAUUUUAGCCAGAGAUAUGCCAUUACCAGAAGGCUUACGUCUCCAAUCAGCAGCCGAUAGAGAACAAUCCACUGCAACUGGUGAUUCCACAAAAGUACGAAAUGAUAUCACGGUAGAAAAUUCAGAUGUAUUUGUGGACAAUGCACAAUCCUCAGAAAGUACUCAAGAGAAAGAAGAAAAUGAAGAUGACGAAUUUGCUGGAGGAUUGUGUUAAGGAUUUCAAGACUUGGAUAAGAGUUACAUUAGAUUUUGAAUUUUCUUGUUGUUUAAUUCAAUAAUUUUCAUACAUUCCAUUGAAUAUAAUCAUGCUCAUUAAUGUAUAUAUAUAUAUAUAUAUAUAUAUAUAUAUAUAUAUAUAUAUAUAUAUAUAUAUAUAUAUAUAUAUAUAUAUAUAUAUAUAUAUAUAUUGACAUUAAAUUUCAAAUUAAUAAGCUCCUCAAAUCUGCUGAUAAGUUAUUAGACAUAAUAUAUGUCUAGGUGUCAUUAUUAAUAAGCGAGUCAAAUUGGGAAUUUAUACAUUCAGCCAACCAACAAUCUCUUAUCAAUGCCCAGUACUUAAUUAAGACUCAAAUAUUAAUAUAUAAUAUGCAAUAAAUGUGUAUAUGCUUAUUAAAAUAUUUUAUUUUGUUGCUAGUGAUUAAUAUUAACAUAAAAAUUUGGUAAUUAUUUAGAUUAGGGGUGUUGUUUAAACUUUAGACCAAUUUUUAACACAUCUUAAGUUUCUCUAUAAUGUAAUAAAAUUUUAACGAGAUUGGAGGGGUGUAACCUAAUCUAGAUAAUUACUAAAAAUUUUUAUUAAUGUUACCAUAAAUACUGUUAUCGCUCACAGUUUUUUCACGAUCAACGAAUCUUAUAAACGUCCUUUUUGAUCCCUUAUUAGAUUGAAAUAUAUCUUUAUUUGUUUCAUUCAAUGGUUGAACUAUAUUGAGCCGAACACCAAUCUAGGAUUGCAUUGACAAGCUGCAUAUUAUUUAUGCAUUCCUAUUUAUGAAAUUAAUGUAAACUGUAAGUCAUUAUAUUCUAAUUAAACUAUUGAUUAAAUGUAUGUUAAAUCGCCAGAGUCGAAAGUUUUACACCAUUUGUUAUGUUGCAUUUAACAUUAUUGACAGUACUUAUAGAGAUGAAUAUAUUAAUAUUAGAAACUCCAGUUACGGGUUUGUUAGUUAUAUUAUUAUGUAUUAGGGAUAUUGAAUAUUAAGGGGUACAUAAGUCAGUGUUUUUAUCCACUUAAGAUGUAACCUGUAACCCUGUAAAUGAAAUUAUUUGGUUAUUUUUAUAUUUUUCACUUGAUAUUUUUUUAGGACGCUACUGGUAAUUGAAAAGUCUAGUAAAUUAUUAACGGCCGGUUUCAUAAUACAUUUAGAAAGCUUUAAAUUUGAAGUUCUCAUUAAAUUAAGACGCGCGUUUCAUAAUUGCCAUUUAGCAUAAAUGUUAUUUCAAUUGGAAGUUUAAGUUAAGUCAGAAAUGUUUCUUUAUCAUCAAACGUCGAAUGCAAACUUAUGUAUAUGUUUGAAAUCUAAGCUGGCCGAGACAUAUUUUAAAUAAGUUUUAAAAAAUAAAAGUUUUACGGCACAACAUCCAGAUAUAGUGCUACAUUAAUUUCGAGCUCAAGCUCAUCUGAAGAGGAAAAUUUUAUUCGAAGACGAAACAUAUAUCAAAAGAUUUCGAAUAACUAAGCCCACAUUUACGGCAAUAUUGAAUCAAAUUCGGGAUGAGUCCUCAUUUUUUAAGAUAUAUUUUUCAUAUUUUUAGUUCACUAUAAUUUGGAAGCGAAAUUUUUCUAUUUGAAUAACAGUUGUUAAACACAUUGUCUAAAAAUAUUAAAAUUGAAAAUAAUAAUUGGACAUCAAUCAAACGUUUAAUACUUACGAUUAAAAAUAAUUGUUGAUUAGAAUAAUUGAACUGAGGAAUUAAAUUGGCAAAACUGCACGCCACCAAAGAUAGAUCCAAAAUAAAUGUUUGUGAAAAAACAAAUACUCUUCUACGUUUCAUUUUGUUUCUAUUUUAAACAACAUAUAUUGGGAAAGUACAGAAUAUUGUCCGUAGUACCUAUAAAAAACUUAAACUACGGCCAGACUUGCCAACUUUCUUUCAAUUCCAUAAAGGAGUCUUUAAUCUGAAGGAAUCUUUAAUUAAAGUGUCAAUUAGGGUGGGAUUAUGAAACCGGCCGUAACAAAGUGAAAAAUAAUAUAAGAUUUGAUUUUAUCUACUUUAAUAUCUUUGCCAAUCAAUACCAUUAUUUAAAUAUUGAAAUGAUCGUGUGGAACCAUUUCUGUAUGUCUAAAUGACUUUCAUCUGCUUCGUCAUGUCCUUUUCAUUGUCAGGAAUGGUGUCCUCAAUAGCACAUUUUUUCUGUUUUAUAACAGCCAGAAAUCAAUUGUGCUAAAUUUAGAAACGUGGAUGUAAAAUUGAGGAAGUUUUUUAGUGGCUAAAAACUCUCCAAUCAAAAGCGACUUAAGGCACGUUGAGUUGUCCUGAUAAUGUUUCUUUUUUUGGCAAAAGUUUCAGUCUCUCCUUGUAAAAUUUGGGGUUGUUCCGUUUAGUAUAAAUUCUGAUGGAACUAUACCAUCAAUUGAUGUCCGUUUUUGGGCUUCUUUAGAAUGAGAAUUUGUCUCAGGGUUAAAGGCCUAAAUUUCAUCAUCAACAACAGUUUUGCCAAUAAAACUCUGCAUUAAAUCGAUCUCCAAUUCCAUGCAAAUUGAAAAACGUCUUUCUUUUUGUUCUUCGCCCAAAUUUGGCACUUAAUCAGUAUCAGAUAUUCAUAUUACAAGUUAUUAGUAAAUUGUUCAGAUCAAAUCACCUAAUAAAAGGUUAAUCAAAUAUGCUGCAUUCUAAACCGCCUUUAGUUAAGCUACAAUGCAUUCUUUAAAUUUUAUUUGAUAAUCAAACCUUUGUUAUUUGGUAAUUUCACAUCAUACAUUGUUCUAACUUAUUCUAGUCGAAUACCUUAUUGUGUAAAGUUAUUUAAUAUUGUUAUGAUAUGAAUGCUUAAUAAUUUUAAAACGUCAUUCAGAAAAUAAAUUAUUUAUUAUCAAAAGAUU